AUGGCCAGGGCCGGGAGCCCGGUGCCCAAGUCGCCCUCGGGGUGGCAGUUCCCGUUAACCUUAGCCACAAAGUCAAAGAUGACAGGAAAGGGACACAGCCGGUGUUGAUGCUGGGAGGCCUCCAGGGAUGGAGGGUGGCCUGGCUGGUGACCGCACAGGAGCUGGGUUGGUGAUGAAGGUCAAGCAGGAGAAGCCGGAGCGGCUGCUGCAGAUACUGGCACCGCAGGUCAUGCUUGCGGAGAAGGACAAGGAGAACAUCUUCCAGCAGCACCCGGGCCUCCCGCCACGCCAGACCAUGGGGCGGCCUCGAGCCCUGGGGGGACAGGAGGAGUCUGGGAGUCCAAGGUGGGCCCCUCCCACUGAGCAUGAUGCGGGGCUGGCAGGCCGGGCUCCCGGGUCAGCCUCCGGUCCCCUGAGCCCCUCGCUUUCCGCCGGCGAGGGUCACUUUGUGUGCCUGGACUGCGGGAAGAGGUUCAGCUGGUGGUCGUCCCUGAAAAUCCACCAGCGCACCCACACCGGGGAGAAGCCGUACCUCUGCGGCAAGUGUGGCAAGAGCUUCAGCCAGAAGCCGAACCUGGCGCGCCACCAGCGGCACCACACUGGUGAGCGACCCUUCUGCUGCCCCGAGUGCGCGCGGCGCUUCAGCCAGAAGCAGCACCUGCUGAAGCACCAGAAGACCCACUCCCGGCCCGCCACCCACUCGUGCCCCGAGUGCGAGCGUUGCUUCCGCCAGAAGCCCAAUCUGACGCGGCACCGGCGCAACCACACAGGCGAGCGGCCCUACCUGUGUCCCGCCUGCGGCCGUGGCUUCAGCCAGAAGCAGCACCUGCUCAAGCACCAGCGUGUCUUUGUUAAGGUCCAGAGUCCAGCUGCCACGUGGACCUGUCAGGAUAGUGGUGAUCCCUGUGCCAGCCACUGCGCUGCCUUCUUGAAACCCUCGCCCCGGGCCGCUCCGCCGCCGGGCUCCGGCGCUCAGUCCAUAUUACUCGCGGAAAGGCCGGCGUCUCCGUCCGACCCUCUUUCCUGGUCGCUGGGGGCGGGAAUCCCGAAACGGGGAAUGUCUGGAUCGGCGGAUCGGACGUUCAGGCCCAGGAACCGGCCCCCGCAUGGUCGCCGCUCGGGCGCGGGCGCAGCGCUAGCAGCCCCGUUUUCCGCCAGCCGGGCUGCCGGAGAGUUAGACCUCCCAGCCUCACGGGGCUGCUGUGCGGCUGCAGCGACGCCGGCGACUGCGGCGCUGCAGCGGAGACGGAGGGCUCGGGAGGCGGCGCCAUGUGAGUCCGCGCGGGGCCGCGCUGGGGCCGCGGCGAGAGGUUACCGUAUUUACCGAGGCCAGAGCCGGACCCUCGAGGGCGGGUCACUGCGGGCGCGCUACCGUAUUUGCUGGGUCCCGCGCAGGUCCUUUCCGGGAGUGGGAGCGCCGCGACUUAAUUACGUAUUUAUCCAGGGUUGCGUGGUUCCGCGGGGGGCGCUGCGGCCACUGGGGCAGCUGGAAGUGCCCAUGACCGAGCUGGCGUCCUCCGGGGGCGGGUCCCCUGCGGGGGACGGGGAGGAGGGUCUGGGGGACGAGCGAGGCCUGGUCAUCCACCACCCUGCGGAGGAGCAGCCGUACCGCUGCCUGCUGUGCGGCCAGACCUUCUCGCAGCAGCCCAGCCUGGUGCGGCACCAGAAGGCACACGCCGGGUCGGGCCGCGCGGCUGCCUUCGUGUGCCCCGAGUGCGGCAAGGCCUUCAGCGUCAAGCACAACCUCGAGGUGCACCAGCGCACGCACACCGGGGAGCGGCCCUUUCCCUGCCCCGAGUGCGGCCGCUGCUUCAGUCUCAAGCAGAACCUGCUCACGCACCAGCGUAUCCACAGCGGCGAGAAGCCGCACCAGUGUGCGCAGUGCGGCCGCUGCUUCCGCGAGUCGCGCUUCCUGCUCAACCACCAGCGCACCCACGCGCGCAUGCCCGCGCCCCACCCGCGCCGCCCCGGCGUUUUCGGGGAGCGGCGGCCCUACUUCUGCCCCCGCUGCGGCAAGAGCUUCGCACGCGAGGGCUCGCUCAAGACCCAUCAGCGCAGCCACGGCCACGGGCCCGAGGGCCAGGCGGCCCACUUAGGACGCGUGCUAUGAUGCGCCCGGGGCCUGCUGCCGACUGCUGCUUCCUGCCCCGCACGUGCGUCCCCGACCCCUGGAGAUGGCCCUGGGCCGCAGCUCCCUCUCUGGAUGGGAUCCCGGGAGAGGGGCAGCGUUGGCUUGGGCUCUUGAAGGUGUGGGCCGCCGCCAGGCUCCGGCCGCCCCCUUGUGUUCCUCCCUCGGGACCGUCUGGCUGGCUGCGCACAGCUGCUUCGGUCUCCUGCCAUGGUUCUCCUUCUCUGGCCCAUCCGGCCUAGAGCAGAUGCGGAGUGGGCAGGAUCCUAUGACCCGGUAGGUGCAGGACCCAUCUGGACAUGGAGACCAGGAAUGGGGUGCCGUGGGGGCCUGGCUGGCACUGCACCUGGGCAUGAGGGCACAUCCAGUAAGAAGACCUGCCUCAAGAGGUGCACUGCGGUGACCAGUGGAGGUGACUGGUUGGAGACUGGAAUUGGUGGCAGAUUCCAAGCUCUGGUGGACAGAUUCCCCAGGCCUGGUGGGAAUCGCAGCUGGGGCAGACCUCAUCCUGGCUGCCUGGCCACAGGCCCCCACUGUCUGCCACUGGUGGUAGGAUGUUGCUUGUGUGGAGAGCUGGCUUCUCUGCUCCCACCUGGUCCACCACUUGGCUAGAGUUCAGAGACAGGAAGUGACUGGUCUAAGCUAACACAGCAAGUUGGUGGCCGACCUGGUUCUAGAGGCAAAACCUUCUGCCAGAUGUGAAUGAAACCUGCAGGCUUCAUUUUCCUUUCUGAGCAGUGCUUCUUAGCACUUUGGAGACACGAAGCCCUUGGAAAAUCUGAUGAAGGUUAUGGACCUUCCCUAGGAAAACAGGUAACUGACAUAGACUCAAAAACCCCAGGCAAUUUCAGGAGCCACUGGACUCCCUGAAUGAAACCCAUCCCUGGACUCCUCAGCCCUGAGGACUUCACCUGCUGCCCUUUCCUUACCUGUCACACAUUGAGCCCCGAGUCUACUCGGGGCUGUACAAGUAGUGCCCCUCCCUCCCCCUGGCCAAGCCUCCUUCCCUUGUUCAGGAAUAAAGAAUUCCGAGGAGGAGACCUUUUUAGUCAGUCCCUUCUCCCAGACCUAAAGAAUGAUGCAUCAGGUUUCUGGAACCUCAUUUCCCUUCCCCAGACAUUGGCAGAGGUCCCUUGGGCUAGAUUUUCUCUUCUGGUUUUGUGUUUCUUGUUUUGCCUGACUGGCCGCUGGCUUCCACAAAGGAGCCCUUUGCUCCUGGCCUGGGCUCUGAUUUCACUGUGUGGUCUCAGGGGAAGCUGGACUGCUGUGGACGCUGGUGGGAGUUUGAGUUUGGUCUGAGUCUGCCCCAGGGAGAAAGAAUCCUGCUUCCACCAACCAAGCCCAGUCAGCGGUGCCUCCCAGCUGGCCAAGUGUUCAACCCAGUGGGCUGGGGAGGAAGAGGAUGAGGGCCUCGCUCCUGGUGCCUGCGGCUCUGGACAGGGGGAGAGGUCGGUGGAGGAGCUUUCUGUGUGUUCUCUGAGUGUGCAGCAGUGCAGUUGAAGGGAACAGGGCCCAGGCUGGCAGCAGGGAGAGGACUCCUCCCAUCUUCACACCUGAACCAGUCAGCCUGGAAGCCACAAGUUGUCACUUGCUUCCCCAGAAUGAACAUCAGAAAAGGCAAAACUGACCAGGGCUGGGAUGGGUUUGGGUCAGGGUGGUUGGAGGGCAGCCUGUGGAUUCCUGCACUGGAGUCUUGCUGUCUUCGAUGCCGUUUGGAUCAUACAUUCUUACAUCCUACUGUAUGCCUCACCCUGGAAUAGCGGAAUGCUCAGGGGGAGAUCCGAGCAUGAGAAGAAGGUGCUCCCAGCCCCAGGAGCUUCCAAUCUGGCUCUGAUCCUUGACUGACCUAGAGGAAACCUCCACACACACUCCUUCUCUGCUAAUGGUGCAGUUUGUGUCCCCCUCUGCCCAUCACUGUGCUGUGCUCAUUCCUGCCUCUGUGCCUUCCCCUGUAUUGCUCGGAUAUGUCCCCUUUCCUCUUCUCUACCCAGCUAAGCCCUUCUGAUCCACGGGGCCCGGCUUCCCAAACAACCCAGCCCACAUUCAUCCUUCCCUCUCCGAACAGGCCCUGUGUGAGCCCCCGCCCCCAAACUGCGUGCUGUCCCACAGAUGCUCCAGUCUCCUGUGUGUUUUGAGUCCCCAACUAGACAGUGAGCUCCCUGAGGGCAAGGGACUGUCAUUUCCUCUUGAGCCCUACCAGGGUCUAGCACCGAACUGGGCUUCUAACUCUCAGGAAACACUUGUCGACUGCCUCAAUGAGCGCCGGAGCUUGUCGGUGGCCGGUAAUGGGCAGUGCACAUGGGGAGAGGGUAUGUGAGUUAACUCGAGGGUGCCUUUUAUUGGGCUGUGGGCUGGCUCCCCUGGGCCAAAAGUGGAUGUCGGAGGCCUCAGGCUCUUAUCUCCUUGGGGCAGUGGAAGCAUCAGGGACCCCUCCCCUCGGCUCUGCAGGAGUGCACAGAAGUGGUCGUCCAGCCUGGAUAUUUCUACAGGUCGCUGACGCCUGCGGGAGCUGACUGAGUGAAAUAAAUGUUCUCUCGACAUCA